GGUAGUUUAUGGUGCAGCAGCGACACUUUGUGGCCAAAUGUGGAAUUGUAUCCUUAAAAAAAAGGGGGGUUGCAAUAAACCCAAAUCACCGUCAGGGGUCACUGUGGCGCCGCUCUGAAUGUCAGGGGCAGCGAGAGUCGACCAAAGACCAAAGAAUUUCUGCUCCAGCUGAUUCGGUCGCCAUCUUUGUCGUGAACAUAAACAACCCAGACAGAGGCUCGUUGGCGUUGAAGUGUCCGAUUGCCGGUUUUUGGGGGGGAGGAAGCGACGGGGGUUUAUUUGUUCUCCGCCGCGAGGCUUUUUGUUUUCCGGUGAGGAUGACAGUUGAUGUGGUGACCUGAGCCACCGUGACAGGUAAGCUAGCGAAUCCCCUUUCUGGUACUGUACACUGUUGUUGUGGUCACCGUCGUGAUGUCAUGACAACAGCGCAGCUGGCAUGUAUAUUCUGAAUAAUCUCGGGGUGUUUCUAUCUUCGUAUGUGUUUGGUUUUUUGUGCGGAUAGUAAGCUAACGCAUUACGGCCCCAAACACGGAGACGUCCAGCUGCUCGGGCCGCUUGGUUGUAAACUGACAGAUCCUUUUGUGCAGAUAUGGGGGCCCUGCGUGGAUUUACUCACCGGGAGGAGCCGCAGGUGUAAAAAGGGGGGCGGGGAGGGCGUGGAGACAUGGACCAAGAGUAUGAGAGGAGGCUCCUGAGGCAGAUCAACCACCAGAACCUCCCGAGCAAGGCCUGCCUGACCAAGAGCCUCAGUGCUGCCUGCAGUCCUGUCAGCGUGAAGUCAGGCGAUCGCUUCAUCCCCACUCGAGCUGGAAGCAACUGGAGCAUCAACUUCCACUAUGCCAACGAAAACUGCCGCUCUCCAUCUCAGAACUACAAAGCGAAGGAUGCCGGUUCAGAUUCGGGCAAAGAUGCUGUGGCGUAUGCUGCCCUGCUGAGGAACGAGUUGCUGGGGGCGGGAAUCGACUCGGUGCCAGACCCCCACGGAGAUGACAGGCGGCACGCCGUCCUCACUCAAGACUCCCGCGGCCUUUUUAGGUACACUGUCCACACUAAGAGAGUGCCUUUUGAUAGCGAUAACGAAGUCUCCCCGUACUCCCUUUCUCCUCUUAGCAACAAAAGUCACAAGCUGCUCCGUUCCCCCCGCAAACCUGCACGGAAGAUCUCCAAGAUCCCCUUCAAAGUGCUGGACGCCCCGGAGCUGCAGGACGACUUCUACCUCAACCUGGUGGACUGGUCGGCGGGGAACCUGCUGAGCGUGGGGCUGGGAGCCUGCGUCUACCUGUGGAGCGCCUGCACCAGUCAGGUGACGAGGCUGUGCGACCUCUCAGUGGACGGAGACUCUGUUACGUCUGUUUGCUGGAACGAGAGGGGAAGUCUGGUGUCGGUGGGAACUCAUAAGGGUUACGUUCAGAUCUGGGAUGCAGCGGGAGGAAGGAAGCUGACCAGUUUGGAGGGUCAUUCUGCGCGAGUCGGUGCUCUGGCGUGGAACGGAGAACAGCUGUCGUCUGGUAGUCGGGACCGAGUCAUCCUGCAGCGGGACGUCCGGACGCCCCCCUCUGCAGAGAGGAGGCUGCAGGGUCACAGGCAGGAAGUGUGCGGCCUCAAGUGGUCACCUGACCACCAGCACCUGGCCUCCGGAGGCAACGACAACAAGUUACUAGUGUGGAACAGCUCCAGCCUUCUGCCCGUGCAGCAGUACAGCGACCACCUGGCUGCCGUCAAAGCCAUCGCCUGGUCUCCUCACCAGCACGGGCUGCUGGCGUCAGGCGGGGGCACGGCCGACCGCUGCCUGCGCUUCUGGAACACGCUGACGGGUCAGGCGUUGCAGAGCACAGACACGGGGUCUCAGGUGUGCAACCUGGCCUGGUCCAAACACGCCAACGAACUGGUGAGCACUCACGGCUACUCUCAGAACCAGAUUCUGGUGUGGAAGUAUCCGUCACUCACACAGGUGGCUAAGCUGACCGGACACUCUUACAGAGUCCUCUACCUGGCUGUGUCUCCAGACGGAGAAGCCAUCGUUACUGGAGCCGGAGACGAGACUCUGCGUUUCUGGAACGUCUUCAGCAAAACGCGCUGCACUAAGGAAUCAAAGUCUGUUCUGAAUCUCUUCACCAGAAUCCGGUAGUGGACGUCCGGAACGAGGAGCGCCGGUCUCGCUCUGAAUGCAUGCACCAACACACGGCACUGAGGAACCUUCCACAGAGAAAAACACUACAUCCAGUCAUCUUUUUUUUUUUUUUUUUAACCGAAGACAAACUCAAACUUCCCUCAGUUUCUGCUGACGGGAAGAAAAACGUCAAAGAAACAAAAAGUCUCCUUCAAAGCUGCUCGAGUUCUCCUUUUUUCUGUUGUGCAUAAGUGAUAUUGUUGUUUUAUUCUGUAUUAGCUGAAGUUCACAAGAGGUCUAAAGUAUGUAAUAAUGUAUUGAAGGAACAUUUUUAAAGAGGCGCUCCUUUAUAACAGAGAGAAGAUGAAGCCAGGUUCAGGAAGGGGCUGUUUCUAUAUUUUGAUAAUGUGUGAAUAUGAACUGGAGCGGAAUGAAAGGAAGAGAAAAAUAAACAAGUUGCUGAAUCAUCUGCAACAAAACAGA